UCUUGUGUCCCGAAGUGGGCUGCACGUUGCGUUCGCGUGCCAAACGCGUGUUUUUAACGGCUUUUUCUGUGUGCGCAGAAAUUCCAAAUCGAAGAACGAUGUUAAGCACAUUAGAAAGGAAGGAUACAGAACGAGCGGGAUCCGAGAAAAAUCAACGCAACCCAAAAGCUGACGUGCAGGGAGACAUGAUGUCAGGAGAACUUCAGGCUGCUGAUAUCGUCGAGAUUCUGAAGAAGCGGCUGGCUUUCAUGGCGGGCGGCGAAGACAAGAAAGGCAACGCGCUCAUCUCUGUUCCUCCACCCUGCGACGACUUUAUGCUUCAGGACUUCAAGGACACGCUGACUUACCUGAUGACCCUCACCCAUGAUGAUGAUCGGGGUGUAACGGUCGUUAUCCAGGGUGACAGUUCCUGGGGAGAUAGGCUGAAGCCGAUAAUGGGCAUUAAUCAGGACGUCUUGGGGCGCAGGCUUUGCUGCACGUUGGUGCUCCGUCCACACAAGUCCAAGGACUCAAAAGCGUCUCUUCGGGACAAGCAGGCAUCCACGCAGGUGAAAUAUGUCAGCCAGGCCAAGCUGUUCAAGUUGAUCAGUCCCCUUCAGUUGACACCCGAGUUUGGCGGCACCCUGCAGUACGACCACUAUGACUGGCUGAGCAGACAACUGGCAGUGGAGAAGUACAUCAAGGAGGUGAAGCUGCUGUCGAAGCACACGGAUGUGGCCCUCGGAUUCUGCCGUUUCCAGGCCUCCCCCGGGUCUCCAGAUGUGCCCUGCCAGAUCGGCCCGGCCAUGGGCGAGGUCAUCGCUCGCACGGUGCAAAGCGUAAGUGAUUUCUUGCUUAAAACGGAGCUGUGA